CUCCACUUCAAUCAGUUCACUUCUAAUACUGAAGACUCAAGAACAAAAACCCAAAAAUGAAAACGAUUGCAAUUUUUUUCGUCGUCGCGGCUCUCGUAGCCGUGUCAUCAACGAUUCCCGUUGAACACUACCAAGUUUAUCCCGAACAAGCCUACGAAAUCUACUCUCCGGUUGAAGUCCAGCGGUUCAGACGCUCUCCCGACGAUGGCGAAUGGGUCUUCAAACCCAACGUUGGUAGAGACGCCAAAGGAAACACCGGAGCCAACAUCGAACUCGAACGCAAGGGAGAAGACCACGACUUCCGCGCCACUUAUUCGAACAUGGGACCAGAAACGUGGAGCGUGGGAGGAACCUUCAGGUGGUAACUGAAUUAUUGAAGAAUAAAAAGUUCGACAGUGUACAUACUUAGUAAUUUAUAUUCUUAACUUAUGUAAUUGAGGCAAUAAAAAACUAAUUAUAAUAA